GAAGAUGUAACAGGAAAUGUACAAAGAGAUGAUUUGCCUUCUAGAAGAAAGAAGAGGAAGAAGAGUUCUCAAUGUUGGUUGUCUUUUGAGGAAAUUCCUUUGGGUGAGGAUUUGAUUGAGCGUGCAAAAUGCAAGAAAUGUGGAGCAAUACUCAAAUGUGAUUCGACAACAGGGACAGGUAGCAUGUUACGUCAUCACAAUUCGUGUUCUACUUCCUCUGCUAGUAAUGUUGUUUCACCACAAUCUGCCAUACGUUCUACUAAGUUUCAGUAUGAGAGAUUCUGUGAGUUAUUGAUAGAAGCUAUUAUCAGACAUGAUUUACCUUUCAGCUUUGUUGAGUAUGAGGGUAUUUUUAUGAAGAUCACCAAUUUUUUGGGGUAUUUUUAUGAAGUAACGUGUCUAUUUUCUGGAACAAAAUACCCUACUUCAAACUUGUUCUUUCCGAAAGUGUUCAUUGUUCAGCAUAGUAUACAGGAAGCCAUGAGGGAUCACGAUAGUUUCAUGAGGCGGAUGGGGAUGGAGAUGAAUCUAAAGUUUGAGAAGUACUGGUCAGAUUAUAGCUUGAUUCUUGGAAUUGCAGUUGUUAUGGAUCCUAGGUUUAAGAUGCAAUUUGUGGAGUGGGCUUAUGACAAACUUUAUGGUCCAGAUUCUUCACAAUUAGAGGUCUUUAAUGAUACAUUGUCCUCUUUAUUUGAUGCAUACGUGGAGAAGAGUUUUGAUCCUAAUGAUUCAAAUUACUCGAUAGAUGAGGGUUCUUCUCAAGCACAAGGCGAUCAUAGCUUACUUGAGGCUUUUGAUAAUGCUUACAAAAUUGGUUCGAGUUCAAGUAUGAAGACAGAAUUGAGCAAGUAUUUGGAUGAAGUAAGGCUAGAAAGAAAGCAAGAGUUGGAUGUACUUUCUUGGUGGAAAAUGGAGCAAAUUCGAUAUCCUAUUCUUUUUCAUCUAGCUCGUGAUGUGCUCACAAUUCCCAUUUCUACCGUUGCAUCUGAAUCGGCCUUUAGCAUUGGCGGGAGAGUUUUAGAUCAAUACCGCAGCUCACUGUUGCCUGACACAGUUCAAGCUCUGCUUUGUACUCGAGAUUGGAUUUUUGGUAACAAAGAAAAAGAGCGCGCUGAAUUGGAGGAUCUUACUGAAGACGUAUUUGAUUUGACAUUGCAAGAUAGAUCUGGAGAAGGAGAAAGCCGCAAUUAAGAUGACUUAGACGUAUUUUAUUUAGUACAUUAAAAAUGUAUUUUAUUUAGUACAUUAAAUAUGUAUUUCGAACCUAUUGAAAUAUUUAAUUAUAUCUACUAGCUUAGCUCAACCAACA